CUCGAAAACCCAUGAGGAUCAGUGCAGCCAACUUUAUCAAAUCCUCAGCUUCACGUCUUCGAACGAUGACUGUGGAUGAUGCUCCAACAACGAGCAAUACGAUGGAUGUCAACACUGCUGAACACCUGAGCCUAUUUGGAUCUAUAAAACAAGGGAAUGACACAUGCCAGCUGCAGUCGGUCUGCGUGCCAAUUCCACUGGACAAUGGUGAUCCACAAGUCGUUAUUUAUCCCAAAUGUUAUGAGGUCAUGCAAUGUGUUGGUUCAUGUUGUGACUCUUUUGAACGCUGCCAUCCCCAUAGUAUUCGAAAAUUGGAAAGACCAGUGAGUCCACCUGAAUCAAUGGCUCCUCAGAUUGUGAUAGAGAUGCUGUACGUGGGAAAUGGACGUUUCAUGCUGAAUCAAACGCUCAACAUCACAAUGGAAGAACAUACUUCAUGUUCUUGCUACGACUGUGGACCGAAUGUAAUCAAUACCCAUGUACCCGAAUGCCCGCCAGGAUUCGUGAUCGGCUCAGAUUGCAAAUGUCAAUGUGCAAACAAAGGCGAACGACAUAAUUGUGAAGGUGCUGAAUGUUGUGAAGUAGUGAAACCUUUACCACGUGAUCGAUUAACCCUGCAUGAACUUCGUGAUAAAAUAAGAAGACGUCAAUCUGGACGUAGAAGAGUUGUAGUAAAUAGACGGCACAGCAUUGCAUGAAA